AUGAGUCUUGUCUCAGACACUCGCGAGCUAGCUAGCGAACCACUUAGCAACAUCGACGUUGUCGCUGUUUUCCUCUGGACAUUAGCCUCGCAGCUAGCCAUUGACAACUUCAACAUUAGCAAGCUACGCGCCGACAAAUGGCGAUCUACCCUGAUGCGCACUCGACCAAAACACCGAACAUGGCGACAGAGACCAAGCGCACCGUGUAACCAGGGCAGCAAGAUCCAAAGUUUUCGCUUCUAUCUUCAACACUCGGGCGAGCACGCAGCCGUCCUCCACAUUCUCCAGCAGCACUUGCCAGUGGAGUUCCAAAGAAUUGCAGCAGAUAAAAGCAGUCUGGGGGUUCUCGGUGUGGGAAGUGGUGGAGGCGACCUAGAUGUCGAGAUGCUGUCGCUCCUGCAGUCCACUUUCCCCACUCUUCCCAUCACUGCCGACAUUGUUGAGGCAAGCACUGAAUUUCUUGCCAACUUCAAAGCAUUGGUAGCAAAGACUGAUAACCUUCAGAAGAUACCAUUUACUUGGCAUGUCAUGCUUAGUCAGGAGUACAGAAUGCAAGUCAAAGAUGUGAAGAAAUAUGACUUCAUUCACAUGAUUCAGAUGAUUUACUUCGUUGACGACCUGACAGAAACCAUCAAAUUCUACCACAGCCUUCUGAAUAAGAAUGGCAUGCUUAUGAUCAUUGUGGGAAAAGCCACCGAGGGUUGGGACAUUCUCCGGAGGACUUUCUCAAAGGAGCUGUGCUCUGAGGCCCUCCCCGUGUAUCGUUCAUCCAAAGAGGUCAUCGCCUCCGUGAAGACUCUGGGUCUGAAAUAUGAGGAGCAUUGCAUCCCCAACACCUUUGAGAUCACCGAGUGCUUUGAUCCAAACAGCGAGACCGGACAGCGUGUGCUUCGUUUCAUGACAUGCGCCGAUUUCACGUCGUUCACGCCACAAAUAAGAGCUGAUAUACUGAACCUUCUCGGGAGCAAGUGUAGCACUGAAAAGGAGGGCAAGAUACAUUUCAACAGUUGUUUGAGCUGUGUAUUUGUCCAUGCUUGAGCCCGUCUCCGGGAGAGAUAAGCAUCAUUAAUCAACUCACUUGGUGAGUAAACUGACCUGUUGUUCAGAACCCCAAUUAUAAUCCAUUUAAAUUGUUCAAUUCAAUCUGUUGAGCUAAACGCAACCAUAUUUGACACAAAAUUAGUACUACCAGAAAAGUUUAAAUUUUUGUGUGUGUAAUCGAAUUGCUCUGUGUCACAAAGCCAGUUAUUUUGGUGUAAAAUCAGCCAAUGUUCUCCAGGACAAUUGUGGCUUAGGUGCUCAUAUAAAGUGGGAACUUUUGCAGUGUGACUCAACCUAAAAUACUCAUUAUCAAAAGUAACUUGUACAAUUAUGCAGUGGCUAUAAAGUUUACACACCCGUGUUCAAAUGCCAGGUUUUUGUGAUAUAAAAAAAUUAAACCAAGAUAGAUUUUUAAACUUUCCAUGAUUAAUUUGAUCUAAAAGCUAUACAGCACAAGAUAGAUAGAUCUUAUAUAUAUAUAUAUAUAUAUAUAUAUAUAUAUAUAUAUAUUAUCAAGAGGGGAAGUAUAAAUAAACUGAUGUGGUAGCACAAGUGUGCACACCCUCUAAUAACUGGGAUGGGGGGGGCGGGGACACUAUUUGAUUUUAAACAAUUACACUAUUUGAACGUGUCAAGUGAUUUUUGAGUGGUUAAAAUGUGUAUUUCAAUCCAGGCAAAUAUGUCCCUUGAGCUGUAUCAAUGCAGACCUUUUUUUUGCAAAGUGGUGCAAAAUGUUCAUUUCAUUAAAGAUAUUCAUGAUGAUUGAUUAUUUGGUGUAUAUGCAUCAUUCAUCAGUGUAACUGGCAACAAAAUGUAACAAAAAAAAAUUACAUUCUCCAAUGUAUUGGAUAUAUCAGAUCCUUCCAGUUGGAUGGCAUUUAGUGCCAUUAUACAAGCACUCCAUCCAUCCAUUUUCCGAGCCGCUUCUCCUCACUAGGGUCGCGGGCGUGCUGGAGCAUAUCCCAGCUAUCAUCGGGCAGACAUAAGUGAAAUAAAAGCAAACCAUUUUGAAGCUGAGAGGCGAGGGAAAAUCGAUCAGAGCUAUUGCACAAACAUUGGGCAUAGCCAAUACAACAAUUUGGAAUGUCCUGAAAAAAAAAGAAAAGACUGGUGUACUGAGCAACAGACAUCAAACAGGUCAGCCAAGGGCAUCAACAGCAUUUGAUGACAGAAACAUUGUGAGAGCUGUGAAGAAACACCCAAAGAAAACAGUCAGUGACAUCACUGCCAACCUCCACACGGCAGGGGUGAAGGUAUCACAAUCCACUGUUCGAAGAAGACUUCGAGAGAAGAAAUCUACAGGCCAUACCACAAGAUGCAAACCACUCAUCAGCAAAAAGAAAUGGAAGGCCAGAUUGGAAUUUGCAAAGAAGUACAGAGCUGAGCCACAAAAGUUUUGGAACAAAGUUUUCUGGACUGAUGAGACCAAGAUUAACCUCUACCAAAGUGAUGGAAAGGCCAAAGUAUGAAGAAAGAAAGGCUCUGCUUAUGAUUCAAAACACACAAGCUCAUCUGUGAAGCAUGGUGGAGGUAAUGUCAUGACUUGGGUUUGCAUGGCUGCUUCUGGAACGGGAUCACUAGUCUUUAUUGAUGAUGUAACUCAUGAUGGUAGCAGCAGAAUUAAUUCUGAAGUCUACAAAACAAUUUUGUCUGGCAAUUUACAGAAAAAUGCAUCCAAACUAAUCGGGAGAAGUUUCAUCAUGCAACAAGACAAUGACCCAAAACACACUGCCAACACAACAAAAUUGAAGGUCUUAGUCAAUCACUGGACCUUAACCCAAUAGAGCAUGCAUUUUACCUCCUGAAGAGGAGACUGAAUGGAGAAACCCCCAGAAACAAACAAGAACUGAAAGAGGCUGCAGUAAAGGACUGGAAAAGCAUUUCAAAUGAAGAAUGCAACAGUCUGGUGAAGUCAGUGGUUCACAGGCUUGAUGCAUCUAUUGCAAGUAAGGGUUAUGCCACCAAAUAUUAACAUUUUCUUCACUUUAAAUUAAUUUAAUAAUGUCUGUUCCAAUACUUUUGCUCUCUUGAAAAGUUGGUGGCUUCAAACAAAAGGUGCUCUGUCCUGACUGGUUUCAGACAUCUAGAUGUAAAUACCAUGAAAUAAAAGCCUGAAUUCUGAACUUUUGUCU